GUUAUUUUCAGUAGAGCUGCAGCUUAGAGGUGGAUAAAGUUCGUCUCCACGUUGGAAGUGAUAGAAAGUAUUAUCCCUAUUCAGGCACUGUUUCUGCUUUUUUGGGAAGGAGAAUCAAUCAAAGAGGAUACUUCAGGUGUGAAAACACGGAGGCUCGGCCGCGGGGGAACGACGGUUUUUGUUGAUCAUCGCGCGGUUCACAAGAGAAAAGUUUUCUCAGGACACGAAGUUGUCAAGUGAGUUGAACUUCAACAAUAGGCGGACUCUAUCACAAAACAGUCGAGAGAUAGGGAGUCACGGGACACAUGGAAACAGUCGUUCUUUGACUUAAAAAAAGAAGAAGAAAGGAGAAUAGACCUCCCUAAAGGUGAUACAAAUACACACAAAAAAAACUUUAUGUCCAGAAAAAUGGAAGCGACGUUCUACGACGAAGCCGUGAACGCCUCCAGCUCUCAGCAUGACGGGCCGACGGUGUAUGGGUUCAACCCCAAAACCCUCAAACAGACCAUGACUCUAAACCUAAACGACCCGAAAAACUUUAAGCCCCAGCUAAGCGCCAAGGCCCUGGACAUCCUGACGUCCCCUGAUGUCGGCUUGCUGAAGCUGGCCUCGCCUGAACUGGAAAGAUUGAUCAUCCAGUCCUGCACCGGGCUAACGACUCCCACCCCGACCCAGUUCGUCUGUUCCAAGAACAUCACUGACGAGCAGGAGGGGUUUGCGGAAGGGUUUGUGAGGGCACUGGCUGAACUCCACUACCACCAGCAGACACCCGCCGUCCACCCUGACGCACAGACCGGCGCGACCAACGGCAUGGCAUCCGGCUCUGCUGCGUCCGAGAGCGGCGGGAUUCCCUACAGCUGCACGGUGCGCACCGACCCGCCGGAGUACACGAACUUGGGGGCUUUCAGCCGGGCUGUGGGCUCUGCGUCCGCACCUGCCAACGAGAGGCACCCACCUUACCCAGCCGCCCCACAGCAGACCCACGACCACAUGGAUCACCACCUUGCGGCAGCGCAGCAAUCGCGGCGACACGCGCUCAAAGAGGAGCCGCAGACGGUGCCCGAGAUGUCCGGAGACACCCCGCCGCUCUCUCCUAUCAACAUGGAGAACCAGGAGCGCAUCAAAGCGGAGAGGAAGCGCAUGCGGAACAGGGUGGCCGCGUCCAAAUGCCGGAAAAGGAAACUGGAGAGGAUCUCCAGGCUGGAGGACAGGGUCAAAAACCUGAAGAACCAAAACACGGAGUUGGUUUCCUCUGCCAACGUCCUCCGGGACGAGCUGGCUCUGCUCAAGCAAAAGGUCAUGGACCACGUUAACAGUGGCUGCCAGCUCAUUUUGACGCAGCAGCUCCAAGCCUACUAGACUCCCAAGGGGAAAGAACCAAGGGACAUUUCUUGGGGACCAAAUGCAGCUUAAAGUGGCCCGUUCAGCUUUGCGGGGCAGUGACUUUGUUU